AUGACUCGGUUCCGGCCGUGCAUCGAUCUGCACGCGGGAGAGGUCAAGCAGAUUGUGGGGGGCACGCUCGACAGCAAGACGACGGCCCUGCAGACCAACUUCGUCUCGCCGCAUCCUCCCGCCCACUUUGCCCGCCUGUACCGCGAGAAUGCCUUAGUCGACGCCCACGUCAUCAAGCUCGGCCCCGGCAACGACGACGUUGCCCGCGCGGCCCUCCGAGAAUGGCCCGACCACUUGCAGAUCGGCGGCGGCAUCAACGACACCAAUGCCAGGGAGUGGAUCGACGCCGGCGCCUACAAGGUCAUCAUCACCUCGUUUCUCUUCCCCGCCGGCAUUUUUAGCCAGCCCCGGCUCGAUGCCGUGCUGGCCGCCCUCGACGGCGACUGCUCCAGGCUGGUCAUUGACCUAAGCUGCCGCCGCCGCGGCGGCACGUGGUUCGUCGCCAUGGACAAAUGGCAGACCAUUACCGACAUGGAAGUGAGCGAGGAAUCCAUCAAGCGUUUAGAGCCGUACUGCUCCGAGUUCCUUAUCCACGCCGCCGACAAUGAGGGCCUGCAGCGUGGCAUCGACGAGCAGCUCGUCGAGCGCCUGGCCGCGUGGUGCACCAUCCCCGUGACCUACGCUGGCGGUGGCCGCAACCUGGAUGACCUCGAGACGGUGAAGCGCCUGAGCGGCGGCAAGGUCGACCUAACGAUUGGCAGCGCCCUGGACUGCUUCGGCGGCAGUGGCGUGACCUUGGCCGAGUGCGUCAAGUGGAAUAACAACCAGGAGCAAGGAAAGCCCACCUAG